UGGUGGAAUCUGUGGACAGUUGAAAUGGAUAGACACACUCACAACUUGAUCAUCUAAGGCGUCAAGAAAGAAUCAUUGUUCUUCAAUUUGAAUUGCAAAAGCGGAUAUCGGAUGAUCUGCAACUUGUUUUGGAUAAGCUUCAUUCAGCCAUUGUUCCACAUGAACGCAUAGGAUCCCCAAAUCAUACUCAAGGCUUUCAAAGCUGGAUUUCACAUGGAAGUAUUAAUUUGGGUAUAGAAAGGAAGAUGAUAAAAGAGAUGGCUAGAAGGCAGCACAGAGUCAAUGAUCUUGGUCUAACCAACUCACCUGUAGAAGCAUUUAUUAUGAAUUUCUGUUGGGGAAAAAUAGAAAAACCAGGGUAUACCGGGAUGCUUGAAAAGCUUCAACAAAUUGAAGACGGGAAGAAGAAAGCUUUGGCUCAUUCUGCAGAAAAAGCCAACAUUUUCAACCCCUUUAGUGUCAAAAGUGCUAUAGAGGAGCAAAUCAAAAUUGUGAAGAAAAUAUCAAUUGAACUAAGAGAGGAGGAACAAGAAGUGAAAUCAAAGAUCAAACGCUUAGAGAAACAACUUAAGCCUAUGAAAGACAAGGCGUCGGUUUACCGUGCUCGGCGACCGGAGACGGCAAAGCGAAAGGAGGCACCCCAACGUCGCAUUUUGAAACUGAGGCAAACAUCUGUUAAGAUGAAUGGCAUGUACGAUGAAUAUGUUUCCCUGCUGAGCCAUGCCAGAGAGCUUGCUAGGAACAAAGAUAUUGCAGCUCUAAGAAAACUAUCACAACACCAGGUCGAAGAAUUCACGAGGGAGUGGAAUAAUCCCUACUUUAAAACCUUCCGAAUUAAUUACGAGUUUAGCAUCUCAGAUUCACUGCGUAAUCGUCAAUUGAGUCACCAAGGGAGGAUUCGAUUGCGGAACGACAGCAAAGAAACACUUCGAUAA